AUGUCAAGUAUUGCAGUCGGUGAUGUGGUAGAGGUGACUCUGUCGAAAUUGCCUCCUUUGAAGGUACUCGGUGUUGUAAAAGAUAUUACUGGCAUAGAUACUGCACUUGUAUCCUUGGGCGAGGGUUUUACUCCCGAAGCUAUACAGGUAUCAAGUACAGGACUGCAGCGAGUAUGUGCGGGAAGUGAUGUAGGCUUAGUUGGCGCGAAUGAGACAGGGAAGCAAAAAAUAGACCAAAAUCACACAAUAAUAAGAAAACAAAAGGAAGAUAAAUUAUCCGAAAUGAAUUCAAAAGAUCUUUUGUCAUCAAGUGAUAAAAGUAUGUCUGCUAAUCCAGUUAACGGGCUUCGGGUAUUAUUCAAAUUGCUAGACUCUCUAUUAUCUUGGCGAUCUCCUCAAGUAACAUUAGGGGUACUUGUUUGUGGAAUUCUUUCUUUUUUGGCUUAUGAUGAGCGUAUCACUUCCAUUUUUCUGACUGAAGGAACCAAAUAUCCAACACAAUUCUAUCACUUAAUGCGUACACUAACGAUAUUAAUAGGUCUUUCUACCCCUGUGGGUAAACCACCUUCAUCUACUAGUGCUUUGUUUAUUCUGAGUGGAAUGAUCAUUAUUGCCUGUUGUGAGUGGUUUUAUCAUCAGGAAGUGCAUCUUUGUUUUGUGGUAUCCACUAUGAUUGUUGUACGUACAGUGUACAGCUGUUUCUCAUUCUUCCGGAGUUUGGUGUAA